UGAUGAGGCAUUCUGGGAUACUGGCGGACCCAGCAACGCUUCUACUGUGAUGGCGACCGAUAUCGAGCAGAUUUUCAGGGAUUUUGUAAUGAAUAAGAUUAAAGAAAUCGAGGAUGAAACGCAAGAAAUCAGUGUUACAGAUGAGCCACAGUCUGAACCUGUGACGGAUAUGAGAGAAGAUGGACUAAAGGAAGAACAAAUAAACUCACCAACAGAUAAAGUCACACAUACUGACCUCCAAGAUAACCAUGCUAAAGAGGACACCAGCACUAAACACAGGAAAAGUAAAAAGCACAAAAAACACAAAAGCAAAAAGAAGAGAAAGAAACGCAAAGAAGGAAAAGACAGCAGCUCAGAGAGCGAGUCCGACAAAGAGACACAAGAAAGUGGAAAGAAAAAGAAGAGAAAGAAGAAGAAAAAAAGCAAAGAUGCAGACAAAGGAAAGAGGUCUCGCUCAAAGUCUGAAAGCUCUUCAGCGUCUGGUUCUGAAUCCGAGUCUGAAUCGAAACCUUCUAAUGAAAAUACAAAGUCUGAGCUCAAAGACACAUCUGCCGUUUUGCCUGACAUUAUUCCCAAGAUGGAGAAUUCUGUCCACAAAAGCACUGAAAACGAAAGGCCCAAAGAGAAGAAAAGAAGCUCCAGCAGAAAAUCUAAAAGUAAGGAGACUUCUAGAGGAUCGAGAUCAAGAUCCCGGUCUUCGAAACGACACCGUCGCUCAAAGUCAACCUCCCGCUCUAGAAAUAGCUCCAAAAAGACUCAUAAACAGAGAGAGAGAAGUAGAUCAAGGUCAAAGAGGCGCAACAAUCGGUCCAGGUCUCAUUCAGUCAGAAGAGGCAAACAUUCAAGAUCCAGGUCGCGAACCAGAUCCAGGUCUGUUGUGAUCUCGAGGAAGAACAGAAGAUCUAGGUCUCGAAGUAGACGCCGCUCCAAGAGUAAGUCUCAAAGUAGAACGAAACCUUCAAAAUCAAGGUCCGUUUCAAAAUCAAAGUCUGAUCUGAAAGAUGAACCGCCGAAAACUGAAUCGAUUAAGAGUGAUUCAGAUCCAGCAUUGGACGUUUUUACAAACUGCGCGAUGGAAAUGCAGAAAAAUGUGUCUCAAAACACAACUGAGAAUGGAAAAAGUCCAACAAUGGCUGUGUACACUGACGUUGCGUCUGGUUUCAACACAGUUGGAGGUACUGGAUCUUGGCGACCAGUUCCCUUCAUGGCAGAGACGUCUGUGACCAAGUCUUCCCAAAUGUGCAUUACACCUGAGGUGCCUUUGGAAGUGACCAAUGUAUCUGAAGAACCGUCAAUCGUUACGCCAAAAGAUUCGGAGUGCGCUGCCAACCCUGACGAGAAAGAAACCGACGCAACCAACGAGAGGAGCUCAACCUCACCGUCCAAGUCUCCCAGUCAAGAAACGUCCUCAAGAUCUAAAGUAGCUGCACGAUCCAGAUCAAAGUCGUCCUCGAAAAAGAGAAAAUCCAAGUCUCGGUCGCCCUCGGCGAAGAAAUCGCACAAGUCCCGGACGAGGAGCAAACGUUCGAAAUCCAGGUCGCCCAAAAAGAGAAAGUCGAGAUCUCGUUCACAAGGUCGUAGGAGGAAAUCUCGAACCCCAGACAGAAGCAGGCGAUCUAAAUCAAGGAAGAGGUCUCGCUCGCGUUCGAGGAGGAGAUCCCGGUCCGGCUCGCGCUGGAGAAGAGGAGGUUUCGGGAGCCGGUCGCUGAAUCAGCGGGACCGAUGGAAGCGAGAACCCAGUCGCUCCCCGGUCCUCAUUCUCCGCAAGAAAAGCUCGACUUCCAGACCUCGACGGAGCACCAGCAAGACGCCUCCACGUCUUACAGAACUUGAUAAGGAGCAGUUGCUGGAAAUAGCUAAGGCUAACGCUGCCGCUAUGUGUGCCAAGGCCGGCGUGCCGAUCCCAGACAGUCUCAGGCCCAGAGCUAUUCUCCAACUCCCCUCGUCAUCCUCAAACUCAGUGCCAGUAAUGUCAAACAUGACGAUGAAUGCCGCUAUGGCUAGCAUGACUGCCGCCACCAUGACCGCUGCUUUGUCUAGCAUGGGUGCCUUGGCUUCGUUCACACAAAUGGCCCCGUUACCCACAAUCGUCAACAAGCCGCCGUCUUCAGCCACACCUAAUCUUGCCAGUAUUGAAGAAGCCAAAAAGAAAGUGACGAAGCAGGCGAACACGUUCAGCAUUAAAGAGCUCACAGAGAGAUGCAAGAAGAUCGCGGAGAGUAAGGAAGAGAUGGCCAUCGCAAAACCACACGUGUCAGACGAUGAAGAGGAUGAGAAGUUUGGAGCUUCGCUGAAGGAGAAUAAGGGCAUUGCGUUCAGUCUUGGUAUCACCUCAGUAAAGCCAGGCGUCCGCGCCGAAGCGGCCUUUGCUAAGGAGUUCCCGGUGUCCUCCGGCUCCCAGCAUAGGAAGAAAGAGGCUGAUGGUGCGUAUGGGGAGUGGGUGCCAGUCGAAAAGAAAACCGAAAAGCCUCCUGCGUCUGUCUCUGCGUCUGCGUCUGCUUCUGUGUCGGCUUCUUCAGAGACCAAGGAAACCAGCAAGGAGAAUGAUAGUGUCUUUCCUGAAGCACCUUCUCAACCCGUGGACAUCACGUUGGCCGUCAGUGAGCGAGCGGUCGCACAGAAGAGGCUGGCGGAGAACCCCUUCGACAUCAAUGCCAUGUGUAUGCUCAAUCGGGCUCAGGAGCAAGUUGAUGCAUGGGCCCAGUCCAACACGAUCCCCGGCUUCUUCACGGGUUCGACAGGCGCUCAAGUGCUCUCGUCUGACGAGCUCUCCAACAGCGGCCCGCAAGCCUGGAUUAAGAAGGACCAGUUCCUGCGGGCGGCGCCGGUCUCGGGCGGGAUGGGCGAGUUGCUGAUGAGGAAGAUGGGAUGGCGUUCGGGGGAGGGUUUGGGCAAGCACAGGGAAGGCACGGUGGAGCCCAUCGUUAUCGACUUCAAAACGGACCGCAAGGGGCUUGUGGCAGAAGGAGAGAAAACACAGAAGUCUGGCAACAUUGUGGUGAUGAAGGAUCUUCUAGGCAAGCACCCGGUGUCUGCUCUGAUGGAGAUGUGCAAUAAGAAGAAGUGGCCCCAGCCGGAGUUUGUGAUGGUGCACCACAGCGGACCCGACCACCGCAAGAACUUCCUCUUCAAGGUGGUGGUGAACGGGAGCGAUUAUCAGCCUCAGACUGCCAGUCCCAACAAGAAACACGCCAAGGCGAUGGCGGCCACAGUGGCUCUUCAGGCGAUGGGAGAAGUGGCAGGAGACGGGGUUCACACCGGACCCGUGUUCACAGCCGCCACUAACAUGUGACGCCACUUCACUUCACACGCAAUAUCAUCCCGUACGCCAUUAUCUGUUAUGAAUUUUUGUAAUUUUGUAUUUUUCUUCAACCACAUCCCCCUGUGACGGCCUUUGCACGCCACUGAGAUGAGAAGCAUGUUCACGGGUAAUAAUGAGUACAUAGCUCACCCAGUGUUGCGUUUGACUGAAUGCCAUUGUUUUAUUUAGACCGUUAUUGUUUCUGUUAAGUCUGCUCUAAUGCAUGCUUAAAAACGAUUUUAUCUUCAUAAACAAGUUUUUUUUUGUCUUUGCAUUAAACUUUUUACCAGCCCGAGUCCAUUGCAUCUUCUUCUCGUGGAAGGCUUGUGUUCUGUUGCUGGCGUACAACAUGUUUUUGUGAUGCAACGGAAUAAACCGAGAAUCAUGUCACUGGAAAA